CAUCAACAACUUUCCAACGUCAAUUCGACCACCCAGCAACCCUUUCAAAUUCAUAAAUCUGACCCUUAAACAUCCUACCUUCAAAUUAAGAAGAUAUGGGGGGCAGAUCCGCAAACAAGUCCGGCUACUUUGAGAAGCUCAAGGGUCUCCUCGAGGAGUACAAGAGCAUCUUCAUUGUCACCGUCGACAAUGUCUCCUCGCAGCAGAUGCACGAGAUCAGACACGCCCUCCGUGGAGAUGGUGUUGUCUUGAUGGGAAAGAACACCAUGGUACGUACGAUCCAAGCUCCAGGUUCAUACCGCUGGCGAAAACGCGAUUGCGAUCAACACCAACGCAAAAUCGCAACCUCAAGCUGACCUAUUUUUUCUAUAGGUUCGUCGUGCCAUCAAGGGCUUCGUCGCCGAUUCCCCCGAGUACGAGCGUCUCCUUCCUUUCGUCAAGGGUAACGUCGGUUUCGUCUUCACCAACGGCGACCUCAAGACCAUCCGUGAUGUGAUCAUGUCCAACAAGGUCGCUGCUCCUGCCAGAGCUGGUGCCGUUGCUCCUGCCGAUGUCUACAUCCCAGCUGGUAACACUGGUAUGGAACCCGGAAAGACCUCUUUCUUCCAGGCCCUCGGUGUCCCAACCAAGAUUGCCCGUGGUACCAUUGAAAUCACUGCCGAGUUGAAGCUUGUCGAGGCUGGAAACAAGGUCGGGGCCUCCGAGGCUACCUUGCUCAACAUGAUGAGCAUUUCUCCUUUCACCUACGGUAUGGGUAUCUCCCAAAUCUACGAUGACGGAAACACUUUCCCACCACACGUUCUCGAUAUUGAGGAAUCCCAACUUCUCAAGACCUUCUCCAGCGCAAUCACCACCAUUGCUGCCAUCUCCUUGGCCGCCAACUUCCCAACCCUUCCAUCUGUUAUCCACUCUGUUGUCAACAGCUACAAGAAGGUUUUGGCCGUUGCUAUCGCCACCGAGUACGAGUGGGAUGAGAUCAAGGAGUUGAAGGACCGUAUUGCCAACCCAGAGGCAUACGCUGCCGCUGCACCAGCUGUUUCCUCAUCUGCCGCCCCAGCCGCCGCUGCUGCUAAGGAAGAGGAUACGAAGGCCGAUUCCGAUGAGGAGGACUCUGAUGACGGAGGAUUCGGAGACAUGUUCGGUUAAAUCGGUCUUGAUCUUGCAUCGAUUCAUGAAAAAUUUGGGUUCUAUGACACGAAUUAAUGACAUCAAUGUAGCUCACAAAGAAGCACAUAUUUACAACCUUGGGCUUCUUGUGGAAUUUUCGAGUGACGUGAAAUGCUGAACUUCAACAUACUUCACGCAGCAUUUCCAACUUGAAAUAAAAGGUCAGUCAACAUUUCCUCCUCUUCUAAAACCUCCCCACGCAUUAUGAUGAACAAUUCAAAGCUUUUUAACCCUUAAUGGAGAUUGAUCCUUGAAGACCAAAAAUAACAACUCUAAUUUUUUCCUGAUCGCUCUUUCAAUUCUACCUUCAUUCAGUUACAUACCAACUACCUGGGGAAUAUUUGCUGAUUAUUGUACAGAAUUAUACAAUGGAUUUCUUUUCCAAUACCGCCUUUGCGACAGUAAUAGCCUCCUCGGGUAACCCAGCAAGCCUUGCAACCUUCAAAGCGUGACUACUCCGAUUGACUCCUUCCCUUAACUUGUGUACAUACCUAAACCCUUCACCGACGUCGUCUUCCUGAACGUCUGUGCAAUAAAAACCCACUCCCUCCAUCCCACCAGCAAUUGCCAUGUCUGCCAGAUCAUGAAAAUGCGUGGCGAAAAGCGUCCUACAUUUGUUAAUGUGAUACAAGUGAUGUAAACAUGCAAAUGCCACGGCAACUCCGUCGGUUGGUGUCGUUCCUCGGCCUAUCUCGUCCAUAAUGACAAAAGAGCGUGAAGUUGAAUGUUUGAGAAUGGCUGCGGUCUCCAACAUCUCAACCAUGAAUGUGGACUGACCUCGAUAUAGGUUGUCUGCCGAACCCACGCGGCUAAAUAUUUGGUCCACGAUCCCAAGCUCCGCAUAUUCAGCUGGAACAUAAGACCCUACUUGAGCGAGGAUUAUAAUGAGGGCAUUCUGGCGCAGAAAUGUACUUUUUCCUGCCAUGUUUGGACCAGUGAUCAACCAUGUUCUCUGGACGUCGCCAACGAAACAAUCAUUGGUUGUAAAGGUUCUGCCCUCCUCCUCGAGUCCUCCUUCAACCGUCGGAUGUCGUCCUCCUACGAUCUUAUUCGUACUCGAUCCAUUCAACAUCGGCCUCGUCCAAUUUUUCUCUAUCGCAAGAAUCGCGAAUGAAGUCCCAAUAUCAAGCUCAUCGAGCACUUCGGCAUUCUUUCUGAGCUUCACGAUGUUGUGUAUGACCAGUUCUCUCAGAUUUCGAAACACCCGUUGUUCUUCUGAUCGUAUACAUUCCCGGGUUUUGUCAAGACGGGUUCCCAAAUCGGUCCAUUGGGGAUGAUGGAAAGAGGUUGUGCUUUUGGAUGAACUGACUCUCGUUCCCUCGACGAUUUUUCGCUGUACAUCUUUUCCUCUGAUGUGACAGAUGUGUCCUAAACCUGGACUGAAACGCAAAGUUAAAGAAGGUGCUUGGAAUCGCUCUCGGAGAUUGUCUCCCAAAGAUGUCUUUUCGUUUGUGAGUGUGAUGAGUUCUUGAUGUAGACGCUCAAGGGUGGGACUUGCUCCAGGUCUCAUGAUCCAAGCUUCUCCAUCGUCCGAGUAAUGUUCUCUGAUGCUUGUAGGUUUCUUCCUCUUUCUUAGAAGGGAGUUUGCAUCGUCUUGUGAGCCUUCGGAGGAAACAAUUUCUUGAGCUAAUGCCUGCAUGGUUUCUGCUUUUUCAUUGUCGAGGAUAUGUUGUUGGACGACUCCCUCUUCAUCGAUGGCUGCUCGAAUGCGUUUUGCGAGGGCGGAGGGACCUUUCAGUAUCAUGCGUGAGGCCAGAGAUACUAUACAUUCUUCUUCUGAAGUUGUCAUCUCUUGAAUGAGAAGAGAGAUCAGUUCUUUGGUUGCUUGGAUGGUGUCUGCCAGAGCGAGAAGGUCGUCUGCAUCUCCACGACCGAAGGCGAAUUUCUGGAGAAUACGAUGAGAGUCGUGGCUUCGGCGGAGAAGAAGGGUGAUUCGUUCGCGGAGGAGCGAGUCUUUGAUCAUGUACGUGACAAGGUCUAGUCUUGAGUUUAUUAUACUCAAAGAUGUAGAGGGAGAGCCUGGCAUGGGUUAGCAAAUGCAUACUAUGGAGUACAGG